UGAACCAAUGAAUGCGGCCAAUGAGUAUCGGGCAUACUAUGAAAAUGUAUCUUUAUGUUACGUUACUGCGCAUGCGUCAGAGACCUCCACGAUUCUUCUUCCCGAGAUUGCUGGGACAUGCUCGGCCAUUUUUGUCGUGUUCUUCUCAAUGAUAACAUCUCAGCAUGGUUAACGGAAGAAUUCCGUCGGUCUUCUCCAAGACCUAUGUCACUCCCAGGAGGCCAUACGAGAAAGCUCGUCUCGACCAAGAAUUACGCAUUAUCGGAGAAUACGGUCUUCGUAACAAACGCGAAGUAUGGAGGGUAAAAUACACUCUGGCUAAAAUCCGGAAAGCUGCUCGUGAGUUGCUUACGCUAGAGGAAAAAGAUCCAAAACGUCUUUUCGAAGGAAACGCUCUGCUUCGUCGUUUGGUAAGAAUUGGUGUAUUGAAUGAAGCUCACAUGAAGCUUGAUUAUGUAUUGGGCUUGAAGAUUGAAGAUUUUCUGGAGCGACGUUUGCAGACUCAAGUAUUCAAGCUAGGUCUGGCCAAAUCUAUUCAUCAUGCUCGUGUGCUUAUUCGCCAGCGGCAUAUUCGAGUGCGUAAACAGGUGGUGAAUAUCCCAUCGUUUAUCGUGCGACUAGACUCGCAGAAGCACAUCGACUUCUCACUCAAAUCGCCAUUCGGCGGCGGCAGGCCUGGCCGCGUCAAGAGGAAGAAUCUAAGAAAGGGAAGCGGUGGCGCCGCACCUGAAGAGGAAGAGGAUUAAAUUGAUUAUUGUUGUCGCGAUUUUAUAUCUUAAUAAAUGCGCGACCUAUAAUAUAA